AAUGAACCAAUCAUUAAUCUCCUUAGUAUACAUAAGGAAUGGAACGUGGCGAUGAGUGUACGUGUCAGUAGAACAUUGGUGCGAACACGUAUCAGUUUUUGGGCGAGGGGUAAAUUCAAGUUACAGGUGUUUUUAGAGUUGUGGAGAGCGAAGGAAAGAAAGAAUUUGUAGCGCAGAUCCUGCAUAAUAAUAAUAACAAUAAGAAGACUCAGAAUUGUUGUCUGGGAGCAGGAUGGAGUGGAGAUGGAUUUGGGUGACUGUUUUAGUGGCAUAUGUCUGCGUGGCGGAAGCUCUGUAUGGGCCCUCAUCCAACGUGCUUCAGUUAUCUCCCUCCAAUUUUAAGUCCAAGGUAUUGAGUUCAGAAAGACUCGUGUUGGUAGAGUUUUAUGCGCCCUGGUGCGGGCAUUGCAAGGCGCUGGCCCCCAUUUGGGAAAAGACAGCUACUGUUUUGAAGGGAUUUGUCACAGUUGCUGCUCUUGAUGCCGAUGCACACCAGUCUCUUGCGCAGGAAUACGGAAUCAAAGGAUUUCCAACCAUCAAGGCAUUUGUUCCUGGCAAAUCCCCUAUAGAUUACCAAGGAGCAAGGGAUGUGAAGCCAAUUGCAGAGUUUGCAAUUCAGCAGUUAAAGGCUGUUGUUAAAGAUCGUCUGAAUGGGAAUACCGGAUCAAGCAAGAAAAGUGAAUCAAGUUCGUCAACUGCAUCUAUAGAACUGAACUCUAGCAACUUUGAUGAUCUUGUUCUGAAAAGUAAAGAUCUGUGGCUUAUUGAAUUUUAUGCCCCUUGGUGUGGUCACUGCAAAAAACUUGCUCCAGAAUGGAAGAAAGCUUCAAACAGCUUGAAAGGCAAGGUGAAUUUUGGUCACGUGAACUGUGAUUCAGAAAAGAGUCUGAUGAGCAGGUUCAAUGUCCAAGGAUUCCCUACAAUCUUGGUUUUUGGAACUGACAAGGAGAGUCCAGUGCCAUAUGAAGGUGCUAGAACUGCGUCUGCCAUUGAAUCCUUUGCUCUUGAUCAGCUUGAGACAAAUGUUUCUCCUCCGGAAGUAGUUGAACUUACAGGACCGGAUGUGAUGGAAACUAAGUGUGCAGCAUCAGCAAUCUGUUUUAUCAGUUUUCUGCCUGACAUUUUAGACACAAAGGCAGAAGGAAGGAAUAAUUACCUAGAACUUCUUCUGUCCGUGGCAGAAAAAUUCAAGAGAAAAUCCUACAGCUAUGUUUGGGCAGCGGCUGGGAAGCAGCCUGCUCUUGAAAAAGCAGUUGGUGUUGGUGGAUAUGGGUACCCUGCCCUUGUAGCUUUGAAUGUUAAGAAAGGUGUCUAUGCUCCACUUCGUAGCGCAUUUGAACUUGAACACAUUGUGGAAUUUGUGAAGGAUGCAGGGCGGGGAGGAAAAGGUAACCUCCCUCUUGAAUCCAUUCCUGUCCUUGAGAAGACUGAAUCCUGGGAUGGGAAAGAUGGAGAGAUUCUAGAGGAAGAUGAGUUCUCUCUUGAUGAGCUAUUGGGUGACGAUACCAUUGACAAGAAAGAAGAGUUGUGAGAGAAUAUGUAUUUCAAAUAAAGGGAUAAAUUGCAACGAUUUUGAUAAUUUAAAAUUUUACUGAGUUCUUUGAGCA